AUGGAUCGGCAGUCGAACAAUACGCCAUGGUUCCCGAUAUUCCACCACCGGGAGGAAACAUGGCCCCUGGUGAUGAACCUCCUGGUCGACCCCGUUGCAGAACCGAGAAGCGAGGACGUGUUCGCCCGGAGCUCAACGGCUUCUAUGCAGAUGCAUCUGCGACCCAGGCUAAAGAUAUCCUCGCCUUUCUCUGUUGGUGUUGUUUUUGCCCAAUUGUCUUCCUGGCAGCUCAAGUCGGCCUUCACCGCAGCCUUCACCGCAGCCUUCACCGCAGUCUUCACCGCAGACUGUCAGCUGGAGACAUCUGGGCCACCGCGAGCAUCGUCCUCGGCGGCACCCAGCCAAGCCAGCUCGGCUGAGACAUGCAACAAGGGCAACAAGAUGGCGAAGCGGAAAGCGAAGACGUGGACCCGGCUACUAUUCAGAUCUCCGUGUCGAAGAACGGGCCAAGACCCAAACGCGCAGACUGAGGUCCUGCGAGUUCAACGAAGUGUGUAG